GAGGCACAAUCUAAUUGGUUACCUCCAAAAGCAGUCACUGGUGAGGUGUCUGGAGGAUGCUCUGAUGGCCAGCUCUGGGUCAGAUGGAGUAAGAUCAGCACUCUAGGAAGAAGCACUGGGCAGGCAGAUGUUCCUCCCCAGGUGUGCAGGAAUUUGGUGGGCAGCCCAGGUCUGUCAGGAAGCUCUGCUUCAGCGAACGUCCUGCAUAUUAGGCUACCCAUGGAUACGGGGAGAUUCCUUCUAGUUGGUUCUGAAAACUCCCUGAAGGAAACAGCUCUCAUGGAGAUCUGUAACUAAUAGAGAGCGAGCCUACAGCUGCUUUCUCUGUCACCCCAGAUCCGCCAGGCCAGCCCAGCCACGGUGCUGUAGUGAUGUAGACUCUUGAGUUCCUAGCCAGUGGCCAUUCCUCUGUCUAUCUACCUUGGGCUAGCCUCUGUGUCUUUCUCAUUCUGAGGGGAUAAUGACAGUCCUAUCUCACGGGGGCUUUGUGAGGCUUGAAUGGGCACAUGAUGGUCCAUUUUAGUUUGUCUCCUCGCUAGUCUCUGCCUUUUCUAGCCAUUGCUGCUGGGACACUGGUGUCACCCACUCUCCUCACCACCUUCAAGGGCCUCGCCCGGCCUCUGCCGGGUCUGCUCAUGCUGCUUGAAAUACCCUUGGCCUCUUGAUUCCCUUGACUAUUUCCUUGCCACUUGCCCCUUGGUAAGGUUUCCGUGCCUGCAGAAUCCCUUCCUGAUUAAGGACUCACAUUGAUGUCUGCUUAGGAUUGCAGAAAGUGUCCCUGUCCACAUUAAGCUCCUACGGGCAGGACCUGCUUGUCUUCUCGGUGUCUUCUUUUGUGGAGUCUGCCAGCUAUCAACAGGAGAGGGCAGGCUGGGAAGAAAGAGGAGCACAGCUGCUCCCAGGAACUGAGAGCAGAUCGGGCUUGGAGAUCCUGUUUGCGUGCGUGCGUGCGUGCGAAACAGCCGGGUGGGUGCUAAGAAGGGAGAAGUCAGCAGGCCUAGGUUCAGUGGAACUCUGGGAAGCUAGAGGCAGCCAGGAAGAUAAGUGACGACGAUGUCAGGUUUUUGCUGAGCCAGGUCUGCUGGCUCAUGGACAGAGGAUGAGCUGACAAACGGAAACAGAGGACUAGCAGAGAUUGCGGGUUGGUGUGGAGCAAAGCCUCAACUCUCCCAACAAGAAAAAGGCAAUGAGUGGACUCCGGUGGCCUCAUCUUCAUAGGACUGUAGGACAUUUUUCUUUUGGACAGGCUGGCCUCAGUCUCAUUCUGUAGCUGAGGCUAAUCUUGAACUCAGGAUCCUCCUCCUGCUCCCUCUUAAGCGUAAGGAUUGCAGCUGUAAGCCACCAUGCACCGUGGAUGCAGUGCUAGAGUUCAAACCCAGGGCUCCACGAACACUGGACACGCAGCACUGAGCUGCAUCUGAUCUGCAUAGUAACUAUCUUCCCCAGGCCGCUCCACAGACCCUCUCAGCCCUUACCCCACCCUGCACAGGGUCCAGAUCAACCAAAGACCAGAUGUUCAGGGACUUGGUCAAGUUUGUAGGCUCUGAAACCAGAGCACACAUGGCCACCCUGGGGACCUGGGGGAUGCAAGACCAGGACACAGCACAGCUGAGCAGUGUUGAUGAAACAUCCCACGCCAAGGGACUGGGUGUGACUCUGAGCUCUACCACCCAGGAAGGAACCAGAUGAUGCCCACAGCACUCUGGAACAGAUGGCACAGGGUUCCUUCCUGUUUUGGCCAGUUCGCCCUGGUGUUGCUGAGACACAGCCCAUCAUGUGUGCCCCUUGGGAGCCAUGCUGGACACCAGGGCAAGGAGGGGCCAGAGGCUGCUACCGUGUAGACUCGGCCGCACCCAGCAGAAUGAAGUCUUUGGGGUUCAUGGACCAACUGCUCUGACACCCACCCCUGCAACCGGAUGGCUGUGCUGUCCCGGAACCAAAUGCCUUUUCUCUCUUGGACUCAACCCUGUCCUGCAAACGUAGAUGCAGUGAGAACUCAUGAAUUCUAAGGGCAUCCUCUACUGUCAUUGAUGGGGUGACCUAUAAGGGCUGAAGGGGACCAAGUCCUAAAAUCCCAGAAGUUCCCAGAAACCCCAGCCAGUACCUUGCUUCUCUAAGAGUGGAUCACCAGACCAAAGUAUCAGGAGGUGAUGGGACACAGAGAUAAACUGUGACUGAGAGAAGAUGGCUCUCCAAAGUGGCAUUCAGGCUGAGGACGUCGGCGCUUCCUUCAGCGAGCUCUGUGUGUGUGUGCACUGUCCACAGGGGUAAACUGAGAGCCACCAGAGCUCUCUGUCCUGGACCCAGCCUGCCUUGAAACAACAAGGAGCACCAAAUCUUGUACUUCCUCCCAAAACGUCUUCUUCCAUCUUGCAUGGGACAGAGUCUCCAAGUAUAGGAAAAAGCAGAGCGCCCGUUAUGGAGCGGGACAAUGGCACCAUCCAGGGUCCAGGCUUGCCGCCCACCACCUGCGUCUACCGUGAGGAUUUCAAGCGACUGCUGCUAGCCCCAGUAUACUCAGUGGUGCUGGUGGUCGGCCUGCCACUGAACAUCUGUGUCAUUGCCCAGAUCUGCGCAUCCCGCCGGACCCUGACCCGGUCCGCUGUGUACACCCUGAACCUGGCACUGGCGGACCUCCUGUAUGCCUGUUCACUGCCCCUACUUAUCUAUAACUAUGCCAGAGGGGACCACUGGCCCUUCGGAGACCUCACCUGCCGCUUCGUACGCUUCCUCUUCUAUGCCAACCUACACGGCAGCAUCCUGUUUCUCACCUGCAUUAGUUUCCAGCGCUACCUGGGCAUCUGCCAUCCCCUGGCUUCCUGGCACAAACGGGGAGGUCGCCGUGCUGCUUGGGUGGUCUGCGGAGUCGUGUGGCUCGUUGUGACAGCCCAGUGUCUGCCCACGGCCGUCUUUGCCGCCACGGGCAUCCAGCGCAACCGCACGGUCUGCUACGACCUGAGCCCGCCCAUCCUAUCUACCCGCUACUUGCCCUAUGGGAUGGCCCUCACGGUCAUCGGCUUCGUGCUGCCCUUCACAGCCUUACUGGCCUGCUAUUGUCAGAUGGCCCGCCGCCUGUGUCGCCAGGAUGGCCCAGCAGGUCCUGUGGCCCAAGAGCGGCGCAGCAAGGCGGCCCGUAUGGCUGUGGUGGUGGCAGCUGUCUUUGUCAUCAGCUUCCUGCCUUUCCACAUCACCAAGACAGCCUACUUGGCUGUGCGCUCCACGCCCGGUGUCUCUUGCCCGGUGCUGGAGACCUUCGCUGCUGCCUACAAGGGCACAAGGCCCUUCGCCAGCGCCAACAGUGUUCUGGACCCCAUCCUCUUCUACUUCACACAGCAGAAGUUCCGGCGGCAGCCCCACGAUCUCCUACAGAAGCUCACAGCCAAGUGGCAGAGGCAGAGGGUCCAAGGCCCCAGCCUGAGGCACUGACUGCAAGGUGUUUUUCACUGGGGCCAUGACGUCUGAAGCUUUCUCUCAACCCCAAACCCUACAGAGAAGCAAAACUUGGCUCAACAUGCCCGGCCUCCAGAAUUUCUCCAUCAACCACAAAACUAAGACACCUGUGUUUGGGGGACUGGUCAAUUCAUGUUUGUUGUAUCAGAACUCAGGAUAUUGUGACAAGAUAAUGUUCCCGGCCAACCUGGUCUACACAGUAAAACCCCACGGUGAAACCCCUUCUCAGACAAUCAAGGGUUGGGCUAUAGCUUAGGAUGUGCUAGGCUCUGGAAUAGCACUGCAAAUUCCAACAAAGGUCUUCUCCCCUGACCUUCCUUGUGUUUGCAAGGUGGAGGGGACCGCUGGUGCCCCAUCAUGAACACAAGGGCACGGUCUCUUCUGUACAAGAAGCGGGAAAGAUCAUGAUCGUGUCCAUUUGCCAAGACUUUUGCAUAAGAGAGAAAUAAAUAUGUUUUUGUGGUUGGU